CGUGAUCUUUUUAAAAGCUCUCCCCCUUACACCUUGUAUAAGCCUCGGCCACCCAUCAGCCCACAGCACUAUUUUCUUCCAAUUAGCACCCAACCUCAUCUACUUAAUCAUCCCCUAAUUUUAUUUAGAUAGUGUAAAACAAAAAGUAAAGAUUAAGAGUUUAAUUAGACAUGGCAGGAAAUGGAGUAUUUGCUGAUAUAAUUGAAAGUGAAGUGUUUAAGUAUUAUGCUGAUGGUGAAUGGAAGACUUCAUCAUCUGGUAAAUCUGUUUCCAUCAUUAAUCCUACCUCUAGGAAGACCCAAUAUAAAGUUCAAGCAUGCACACAAGAGGAGGUAAAUAAGGUGAUGGAAGCAUCUAAAGUAGCACAGAAGUCAUGGGCAAAGACACCACUAUGGAAGAGAGCAGAGUUACUGCAUAAAGCAGCUGCCAUUUUGAAAGAACAUAAACACCCAAUUGCUGAAUGUUUGGUUAAAGAGAUUGCCAAGCCUGCUAAGGAUGCUGUCACUGAAGUUGUUAGGUCUGGAGAUUUGGUGUCUUAUUGUGCCGAGGAAGGGGUGAGAAUUCUUGGUGAAGGAAAAUUCCUGGUUUCUGACAGUUUCCCUGGAAAUGACAGGACCAAGUAUUGUUUAACAUCCAAGAUUCCGCUGGGGAUUGUUUUAGCGAUUCCUCCAUUCAACUAUCCCGUCAACCUUGCUGUCUCAAAAAUUGCGCCUGCACUUAUAGCUGGAAACUCCCUUGUACUAAAGCCUCCAACACAGGGUGCUGUAUCUGCACUCCACAUGAUCCAUUGCUUCCACUUGGCUGGCUUUCCCAAGGGACUUAUUAGUUGCAUCACCGGAAAAGGCUCUGAAAUUGGCGAUUUCCUAACACUGCAUCCAGCAGUUAACUGCAUAAGCUUUACUGGAGGAGACACUGGAAUUGCAAUUUCUAAGAAGGCCGGAAUGAUCCCUCUUCAGAUGGAACUUGGUGGAAAAGAUGCUUGCAUUGUUCUUGAAGAUGCCGAUUUGGAUCUUGUUGCUGCUAAUAUUGUUAAAGGAGGCUUCUCUUACAGUGGCCAAAGAUGCACAGCGGUUAAAGUGGUGCUAGUAAUGGAAUCGGUGGCUGAUACCGUUGUCGAGAAAGUGAACGCUAAAGUGGCCAAACUCACAGUUGGACCUCCUGAAGAAAACUGUGAUAUUACUCCGGUAGUCACAGAGUCAUCUGCAAACUUUAUUGAAGGAUUAGUCAAGGAUGCUAAGGAGAAGGGAGCAACUUUCUGCCAAGAGUAUAAAAGGGAAGGCAAUCUAAUUUGGCCUUUGCUGUUGGAUAACGUUCGACCUGACAUGAGGAUUGCAUGGGAGGAGCCUUUUGGCCCUGUCUUGCCUGUUAUUAGGAUUAACUCUGUCGAAGAAGGGAUUCACCAUUGUAACGCUAGUAAUUUCGGUCUCCAGGGAUGUGUUUUCACCAAAGACAUAAACAAGGCAAUGUUGAUCAGUGAUGCAAUGGAGUCAGGAACAGUCCAGAUCAAUUCAGCGCCUGCUCGUGGACCAGAUCACUUCCCUUUCCAGGGAAUAAAGGACAGUGGAAUUGGUUCCCAGGGGAUAACUAACAGUAUUACUAUGAUGACGAAAAUUAAGAGCACAGUAAUCAAUUUGCCUACUCCAACCUACACAAUGGGCUGAUUCACCGAACUGCGUUAUGUAACGAAUAAAGCAUUCCCUGGAGUUCUUAUCCUCGAUUGUGCAACCAUUAGUAGUGAUUUAUCUUUGAAGUUCAAAAGUUAAGUGGUGUGAUAUUCUGUUCUUGGAAGCAUACUAUUUAGCUACUCACUGUAGUAAAAACAGAACUAUCAUUAUUUGGCCUUUUAAUUGUCUCUUGUCUUGAUUCUGACUAUGAAUUUUGUCAAUCAAACAGAGACGGUGUUCAGUUUACCAGUAAGACGAGUAUAUUACUCAUUCUUCUACGUUACAA